GUUAGAAUCAAUAUCUAACACUACUAAAAGCAAAUAGCAUGCACAUUGUUCAUACCUUAAAACCUUGCAAAAAAACUUAGAAACCUUGCAAACAUGGUGAACACAGCGAUGAUAAUUUGGACAGUGCUUACUUGGGUAGCGAAGAUAGCGGGGUUGAAGCCCUACACGGUAGAGAUACAACAAGGUACAGUUAUGAGGUUUUGGGUUCCAUCAAAUACCAUUUCAAAGCCCAAGCCCAAACCCAAGCCCAAUUCAAAACCCCCCAAGCCAGUGGUGGUUCUCCUCCACGGCUUUUGUGGCGACGGACUUACCACCUGGCAUUACCAAAUCAACUCUUUAGCCAAAAGUUACACCGUGUAUAUUCCAGACUUAAUUUUCUUUGGUGGCUCAAUGACCGAUAAGCCGGAUCGGUCGUUGGCUUUUCAAGCCGAGUGUUUGGCAGUGGGGUUAAGGAAACUCGGGGUGGAGAAAUGUGUUGUGGUUGGAUUUAGUUACGGUGGAAUGGUGGCGUAUAAAAUGGCUGAGCUUUAUCAUGAGCUGGUUCAAGCAGUGGUUAUAACUGGAGCAGUUUUGGCUCUAGAUGAGUCUUUGAUUAAUAAGACAUUGGAAGAUAUUGGAUUUCCUUCUAUUUCGGAAAUGUUAAUGCCAUCUUCUGUUGAAGGAGUGAGAUCACUUCUUCAUGUUGGUUUUAACAAAAAAUUUCCGUUACCCAACCGUUUGCUUGGUGACUUUCUUAAGGUGAUGUUCUCUAAUAGGAAGGAGCGAAAUGAGCUAUUAGAUGAACUAGUCCUUAGCUACAAAGACAAUAUCCCAAAAUUUCCACAGCAACUACACCUUCUAUGGGGUGAGAAAGAUCAUCUUUUAAAGCCAGAGAUUGCACAAGAUAUGAAAGAGAAGCUAGGAAAUAAAGCAACAUUUCAUGAGAUAAAGAAGGCUGGUCACUUGGCUCAACUAGAGCGACCCUGGACUUAUAACAGGUGUCUUAAGAAGUUCAUUUCUUCCGUUAUGCUUGAUGAAAGAAAAUAAUUCAAUUCACAUCUCUAAAUUUGUCAAGGGUGUGUUUGGCAAGUACUGAUUAUAUAAGUUAUUUUAAGAGUAGAAUUAAGUGCUUAAUUAUAAGUAAGUUGCUAUUGUGCAAGUGUAUCCAAACACUAAUAUAAAUGUUGUAUCAAAGUAUAUUUUUAAGUAAACUCUUUCUAACA